CUGCCGGGGGUAUAAAGCUGUCUGCACUUCCUGUUGAUUUCAUUUCUUCUGUUGACAUUGUGAAGUAGAAGCGUCUGCUACAAUUUUGUUUUUCUGCACUGCGGCAAUGGAUCCAUCUAUAUCAACUACGGUGGCGUUGGUGGAGUCUAACAGUAACCCAUGUGGUGUUCAACUGGUCAACGUUAAUGCUGUCAACAAAAGUUCAGAUCCAAUGGACAUUGUGGAGUUAGCCAAACAAGUACAGAAGGCUGAUGAAUUCACUAGGGCAAACGCUGGCAGCAAAUUAACUGUGAUUGCAGAACAGAUUCGAUUCCUUCAAGAACAAGCCAAAAAGGUAUUGAUGGAGUCCAAGAGAAAUGCUGACCUGCACCAUGCAGCAUGUAACUUGGUAAAGAAACCUGGUCACAUCUAUUAUUUAUAUGAGAGGGACUCAGGACAACAGUACUUCUCCAUCAUUUCUCCACAGGUAAGUCUGGUCACAUCUAUUAUUUAUAUGAGAGGGACUCAGGACAACAGUACUUCUCCAUCAUUUCUCCACAGGUAAGUCUGGUCACAUCUAUUAUUUAUAUGAGAGGGACUCAGGACAACAGUACUUCUCCAUCAUUUCUCCACAGGUAAGUCUGGUCACAUCUAUUAUUUAUAUGAGAGGGACUCAGGACAACAGUACUUCUCCAUCAUUUCUCCACAGGUAAGUCUGGUCACAUCUAUUAUUUAUAUGAGAGGGACUCAGGACAACAGUACUUCUCCAUCAUUUCUCCACAGGUAAGUCUGGUCACAUCUAUUAUUUAUAUGAGAGGGACUCAGGACAACAGUACUUCUCCAUCAUUUCUCCACAGGUAAGUCUGGUCACAUCUAUUAUUUAUAUGAGAGGGACUCAGGACAACAGUACUUCUCCAUCAUUUCUCCACAGGUAAGUCUGGUCACAUCUAUUAUUUAUAUGAGAGGGACUCAGGACAACAGUACUUCUCCAUCAUUUCUCCACAGGUAAGUCUGGUCACAUCUAUUAUUUAUAUGAGAGGGACUCAGGACAACAGUACUUCUCCAUCAUUUCUCCACAGGUAAGUCUGGUCACAUCUAUUAUUUAUAUGAGAGGGACUCAGGACAACAGUACUUCUCCAUCAUUUCUCCACAGGUAAGUCUGGUCACAUCUAUUAUUUAUAUGAGAGGGACUCAGGACAACAGUACUUCUCCAUCAUUUCUCCACAGGUAAGUCUGGUCACAUCUAUUAUUUAUAUGAGAGGGACUCAGGACAACAGUACUUCUCCAUCAUUUCUCCACAGGUAAGUCUGGUCACAUCUAUUAUUUAUAUGAGAGGGACUCAGGACAACAGUACUUCUCCAUCAUUUCUCCACAGGAAUGGGGCGACUCCUGCCCCCAUCAUUACCUAGCUGCCUACAGACUGGAACAUGAUAUGUCCUGGACCCCUGUAGAAGACCUGGAGAGGAGAUCCAAAGAAAUUGCCAUGAUAGACAAAGUACUGAACUCUCAGCAGGCCAUUAUGGAUGCUGUUUUAACAGAGCCAAGCAGUAGUAAAUGACUGUCAGUGGGAAGUGUUUAUUACUGAUAUAAUUUUCGUCCUUUUACUGGCCUAUUAUUGAUGGCCUCUUACUGAUUUUAGGCCUCUUGCUGAAUUUUUAUCAGGAAAUCCGUUUUUAUUAAUCAGAAUCAGGCAAAUGAUGGAGAGGAUGAAGAUUAUCUUACAACUGAUAUUUUUAUUGACCAUUAUUUUUAUUUUUAUUAUUUUAUUGACCGUCAUUGAGGUCAAGAAGUGAAAAAAUCCAGCAAGUGGAUUUGCUCAUUGGAUUAUGCAUUUAUUAUACCAGCAUCAGUAUCUCAGCAAGAAGAGUAAAAAUCAUUUUUUCCUCAUCAUCAUUGGGGGUGUUUUUUUAUACACAACUAGUUUUACUGUUUGGUGGUGGCAGAAGAUUAACUGUGUGACUUGCGAAUGGAGUUAAAGUGGUAAUAUAAAUGGAAUGGAUAGCCAGAUUAAAAUAAUAAUCAGUAGAGGCAUGUAAUUAUGAAGGGUGUUUAAUGAUGGGUAUUCAGAAAUUAUGUAAAAUUUAGAUUUUUACCCUUAAAAAAGAUGCUAAACACAUUUUAAUGUGUUCUGUCUUAACUUUCUUAUAAGUUUUGUAUAAUAUUUUUUAAUGUGGCUCAGUUUAGUCAUUACGACUGUAUAUGAUUAUGCUGUUGCACUAUAAGAAUAUUUGGUGAAAACUCAAGUUGCAGAUGAAUCACUUUUACCAAAUAAUUAAAUGAUUGUUAACUUGAACCAUCUAACCUCGUCUUGUAAAAAUAAAACAGAUAUGUUACA